GGAUCGAGUUAAAAAAUAAACACGUUAACGUCCGUGUUCAGUGUUCCGGGUUGGCGAGUUUAUGCAGGUGUCAAAGGAUCCACGUCACUUUGUUUUCGCUUAUGAAGCAUUUAGACACACACACACACGCACACACACACACGCACACACACGCACACUGUACCGUUCUAUCCUUCAUCUCACACGUUAACGCGCUUAGAAACCGGAAGCUACGAUGUCGCUACUGGAAACAGACGACAGCUAUGAUUUCGUCUUUAAAAUAGUUUUAGUCGGGGAUGUCGGUGUGGGGAAAACCUGCGUGGUUCAGAGGUUUAAGACAGGAACUUUUAUCGAAAGGCAAGGCAACACGAUUGGAGUGGAUUUUACAAUGAAGACUAUGGAAAUUCAGGGAAAAAGAGUCAAGUUGCAGAUUUGGGACACAGCAGGGCAAGAGAGGUUUCGGACCAUCACACAGAGCUACUACCGCAGCACAAAUGGUGCCAUAAUCACAUACGACAUCACCAAGAACGCGACCUUCUUGGCUGUGCCCAAAUGGAUGGAGGAUGUCAAGAAAUACGGCGGCUCAAACAUCGCCACUCUUUUAAUAGGUAAUAAAUCAGACUUAACUGAAGAGCGUGCUGUUUCUUUGGAGGAAGCUCAGGCGAUGGCUCACCAGCUGGACUUCAUUAGCGCCAUUGAAACGUCUGCCAAAGACUCCAGCAACGUGGACGAAGCGUUUAAUAAAAUGGCAGCUGAGCUGAUGCUGAGACACGGCGGGCCCGUAUUCAGAGACAGCGUAACUGACAGCUUCAAACUCAACAGCAAGGACGUGAGUGGCGACGCCUGGAGCUGCAGCAGCUGUUGAUGCUGGUUAUAGGUUUUACUUUGCUAUUUCUGUUAGCCAUGUUGGCCUGUAAUUCAUCACAGUGCUCCUUUGUGUGAAUCAAGGCUUAAUCGUCAGUGUUGAUCAAAUUUAUCAAUCAUUAUUUGAUUAACUGAUUUACAUCUCCGACUUUCAGGGACGUAUAGUAGACCAGAUCAGUCUCAUAUGAAAGAUGUAGUAAAGAGAGGAGUUGAAAAUGCACAGAAAUGACUAAUGUAGCUGCCGCUUGGAUCUCAUAGGACCUUUGACGAUCCGUCUACAAUAAGAGAAAGAUAAGGUUUCAGCCAAGUAUGAAACCAUUCUGGUUUGAUCUGUUUGCCUGAAAGUCUCAAACUUAAAUCGUUAUAUGAUCUGUAGCUAAACAUGAUAAAAAUAAGUCUGUUUUUCUUGCCAAACAAAUCUGGAGAAAGUAGAAUAAGGUGAGAAUAGGUUCAUAUAUCGCUGUUUUCUCCAGGUGGCAUAUUUAUCUUCCAAUUGUUAGUACUGAAUCUGCUGCUGAGGUACUUUUUAUUGAAAUUUUUAUUAUUACAGUCCAGUGAGCACCGGCUAAAAAGAGACAGCAAUGAACUGCCUUUAAUGGGUCAUCCAAAAAUGUAGCCAAGAAGCAUACACAAUGUGCUCCCCGGGGUGCGUCUCAUUCAGCGCCAUAGUUCAGUAGGCAAAUCUCAAUCAUAGUCUUCCAGUGCGCUGGAACGUUCACUCCCUAAAUAACUCCCACAAUAUAUGAAAAAAAAAAACAGGGAGCAUCCCUGUUUAAAAAAAAAAACAGGGAUAAACUCUCAGCCAACUGUGUCUACAUAUGUAUUGUUGUUGUUACUGUUGUUGUAGAUCUCAAAUGAGUUUUGAUUAUAUGCAUUUUAUUUGUGUCUAAUGACUUUUCAAUACUUCAAGUAAAUGGAGGCAUCAGUGUCCCAAUGUGUAGUGAGCCAGGAUCCUUACCAAAGGGAAUACACUGAUUCAUGAGCUAGGGUGCUGAUUGAGACACACCCCAGUGUACAUAUGAGUAUAUCCAAACUUUGUUUCUUUAGUUAUGUCAUGCACUUUCCUCAAAAUACUGUCCAGCUUAAUAAUACUGUUUGUUCAUAUACAGUUUAGAAAAAUUACAGAAUAAAGUCUGAUCAGAAAUAGUA